AUGCCAGAGUCUUGCAUUGUCAUUUUGGAUCCUUCCGAGUAUAUGCGCAAUGGGGAUUAUAUACCCACUCGGUAUGAAGCGCAACAGGACGCAGCGAGAUGGCUGAUUGCAGAUAUUACGACGAGUAGUCCCGAAAAUACCGUCGGGGUCAUGGCAGGGACAUCAGUCUUGGUUUCGACGACAAACAAUAUUGGACAACUCUUUGAAGCAGUAAAAUCGAGUCGACGUAAAUAUACUGGUGAAUUCGAAAUUGAAAAUUCUCUUCAAGUUGCCUUUAUGGCACUGAAGCAUCGACGAAACAAAGUUGGGUCCCAACGUAUCAUUUUGUUUGUGGGAUCUCCAAUUAUGGAUCACAAGAGUUUUCCAAAAUUGUCGAAAAGUUUGCGGAAGAAUAAUGUGUCUCUCCAAAUCGUCACUCUUGGUGAUGAACCGAAUCAAGACAAGCUAGAACUUUUGAUUCAGAACAAUUCGGAAGAUUCACGGAUGAUUAAUAUUCCAAAGGGGACUGUUCCGUCGGAAUUCCUCUCGGCAACCUCCACCUUUGGAACUACAAAUGGUUUUGCCGGCGAGACCAGCGGUGGGGGUAUGAUUGAUACUUUUGAUCCUAGCAUGGAUCCAGAACUGGCCAUGGCUCUGCAAAUUAGUUUGCAAGAAGAACAGACGCGUCAAGCCCAGCUACAGCAAAAUGAAGAGCAGCGGGAAGCGACUACAGUCGAGGAGGACUCUGUAGAGACUAGUGACGUUGCAGCAGCUCCUGCGCUUUCACAAAUAGAAGCAGACGAUGACUACAAGGACGAGAUGGCCAUGAUGCAACAAGCUCUGGCCAUGUCGCUUCAAGAAGAAGAGGAUGGACGGUUACAAACGGAAAAGGAAGCAGACCCGUCGUCAUCUUCUAGCGUAGAAAUGGACAACGAGCCCGUUAUUGAAACCAAGACAACUGACGAGGAUAGCAAAGUCGAACCAGAACUGGUGACAAUCCAAGACAGAGCGGCAAACAGUUUCAAGAAUGACGAUAGCUCACGUCUUGGCUCCUCUCCGGAGAAUGCCAUCUCUCUUGUUGACAUUGAAGAGAGCCUAUCGGACUCGGAUGAUGGAAAACAAUUUCCGUCGGCUGUGGCUGCGACUGCUGCAGCAACUGCGGCCACCAUGUCGUCGAAUAAGCCAUUACCACCCUCCAUGAUUAUCAACGUGGAAGAUGAACAGGAUGUUCAAAAUGACGUAUGGGAAGACGAGCCAAAACGCAGUUUCGGAGAAGAAGAUUCGGCUACCAAUGAAGUUUGGGAAAAUGAGCCGCGUGUUAGUGUCGUUGCCAGCUCGAUUGAUCAUUAUGAGGCCGAAGCAAUGCUGUUGGCAUCGCCACCCAAGUCAGGAGGUGACGAGCCAAAGAGCUAUGAUGACGAAACAAAAAUGGCUUUGAUGAUGCCGGCUACCGUACCACGAGACGACAACGAGCUACCGCCACCACCAAGUAUGCCUCCGCCUGAUGUCCCACAGACGACUAGCUCACAGGAAUCGAAUUGGAACCAAAUCAAUCAAGCGUUGGAUGUCUAUUACACUGCGUCAUCGGAGACGAAUGGUAGAUUGGAGCAGCAUCCCGUUCUUGGCUCAAAUGAUGAAACAGCUACUCAUUAUCGCUCGUCGUCACUUCAAAGUGUGGGUAGUAGUACACUACCUGUUAUCAGAUCAUGCUGGUCCAAUCUGGACCAAGCCUUUGACGAAUACAAUACUGCCAUCAAUGAGAUAUCAACGUUCUUGCCAGCAGGUGGCAAUUCGAUGACAAUGCCAUCAUCCGUUCCGCCAGCCCACUUUGCAUCCAUGCAGCGACAAGGCGAAGAAGAACGACAAGACAAUGUGCCCCGUGAGGAAUACCAGAAGCUGGCAGCGGAAUUGGACGAAGCGAAGAAAGCCAUGGCAAUCAUGCAUGGAAUUGUGAAUGAGAAGGAUGAAAUGAUUGUCGCAUUGCGUGAAAUUAUGGGAAUGAUGCAGCAAGAGCGACGAAACCUACGAAAUGAAGCUGCUCCCAACGAUGGAAAUAGUGAAACAGAGUCCGAACGGGAAAUGACCGACUCUUUAAUACAAGAGAUCCGCAAAAAGAAUCGCAACUUGGAGGGCUUGCGGAUGUCAUUGGCAAACUACAAAACUCCUUCCACCACUGGCGAAGCUCCAGCACCAGUUAGUCAAUCCCUCACCGAAAAGCGGCGAAAGAAGCGAGAGUUGGAAAAUUUGCGAGCGAGUCUCAGCAGUCAGAAGCGGCCCACUCCUCAAAACUAG